AGCUUAGGAGGAAUUCCCUUUUGGGAACCUUGUUAUCCUUUCAUGUUUUGCUAAUACUAAUUGUUAUUUCAUUUAGUGCAAACACGGAUAAAUGCAUUUUUCAUAUAUUUUAUAUAUUCAUAUAUAAUUUGUUUUUUAUUAAUUUAUUUUUUAUAUUUAAAUAGUGCUAUAUGACAAACAAAAUCUUGGCUGGGGGAAUCUCCACUUCAACUGUACGCCUUUUUCAACAUUAAAGACUUUUUAAACUCUUGUGUUAGCGGAUAAGAUGGUAAAAGAAACAGCCUGUAGUUCCUAAAACUUCAGCAGCAGCAUCAGAAGAAAUUUCUCCGAGCACCUUUGAAGAGAAAAAGAUCUAUACAGAAAUGAAAGACGCUUUGCAGGUUAUUGCACUUUUCCUUGGGUUUUUAGGAUGUGUGUCUGUUCUACUGUCAGUGUACAAUAAUUACUGGAGGGUUUCCACUACAGAUGGUACUGUCAUCACCACGUCAACCAUCUUUGAGAACCUCUGGAUGUCCUGUGCAGAUGACUCCUCGGGUGUUUACAAUUGUUGGAAUUUUCCAUCCAUGCUUGCUUUACCAGGUUACAUUCAGGCAUGCCGUGCAUUAAUGAUCACAUCUAUUGUGAUGGGAAUUUUUGGGCUUGUGGCAACUCUAGUAGGUAUGCAGUGUUCCAAGGUAGGAGGGAAGAAUUACAUCAUGAAGGACCGGGUUGCUGGGGUCGGAAGUGUCUUUUUCAUUUUUCAAGGUCUAUGCACUAUGGUUGCAGUGUCUUGGUAUGCUUUUAAUAUCACUCAGCAGUUUUUUGACCCACUGUAUCCUGGCAUAAAAUAUGAAAUUGGAGAAGGGCUUUACAUUGGUUGGAGUUCAGCUACGCUGGCUUUAUGUGGUGGCAGCUGUUUGCUGUGUGCUUGUAGAUUGCGUGGCUCAGAUGAGAAAGGAUCAGAUCUUCAGAACUUCAGAAUUUCAGAUCAUACCAAACAUUUUCAGAUUGUUCAAAGUGACUCAUCUAUUCCUACCAGUCAAUAUGGACGCAAUGCAUAUGUGUAAGCCUACAGCGAACGGCCAGUUUGGACUACAGCCCUCCACUUCCUGCAUUAAUGAAGUCAGUAGAACAGUUUUUUGACUAAACUCCGCCCACAGGAAUACGUCAGUUGCCAGCCAAGCUAAGAGCAAGCUAAGUUGCUAUCGAAUUACAACACACUAAACAAGCUACACAAUCAGAAUUCGAUAUGCAUUUCUGAAGGAGGGACUUCAUAGAACAAGGAAGACAUCAGCCGUUAGAGAGAAGUAAAUUGUGUGAAAAAUACAGUUUUUUUUACACGUAAAACAUAAGCACGUUAUAUUAUGCACUGUAAACACAAUCAAAGCUUCAAAAACACAGGAAGAACGGGACCUUUAAAAUGGAAUUAUGAAAAUUAACAGUGUAUUAGGUUUUUAAAAUAUGUCCAUAAAAUAUAAUUUAUAUGCUUGCACUGUCUUCUGUUAAAUAUUUAGGGUAACAUAUCAGUUAAUUUUCAUAAAUAUACUUAAACAUGUACAUAUUGACACACACAGAUGACAUCAUACUACUGAAAGCAUAUGUAAAAUGCGUAACUUAAUUGUCUGUUUUUUUUUCUUUUGUAAUGUUAGUUAUGUGACAGUGUGAAAAAACUUUGUCCCUUUUACAGCAAAACACACACUUUUAAAGUUACUUGUAUGCUUUAAUACUUAAUAUUUUCCCUUCAACUACUAAAAUUAAUUGAUAAAAACAUAUGAAAUAUUUUCAUUACUUUAUAUAACCCCAUAGUAAAUAUUAUGGUAUCUUCUAUAGUUUCACAUGUGAGAAUUUUGAAUUUUCCACUUACACCUUCUUACCUCUCAGAUCACCAUUAUUUAGAUAUUCUUUCAUUGCUAUGUUUUCUGUAUUAUUCUUCAUUUAUGUUACUCUCUGUGAAAGGGCUGAACAGAAGACCUGAUGCUGAUAUUUUAAUAAAAAUC